UCCCCCGCAUCACGGUUCUUCCGGCUCCCCGUAUCAUCUCCCUUGCGCGCAUUACCUGUCCAACGUGUGAUGCUACGCGCGGGCUCAAAAGGAGGCGGUGCGUAGAGACACCUAGUGCGCAAGAUAGGCAUCCCAGUGUCACUCCCUCGGAACUGAGCUUUCAAAAACCCUGAGAAAUUUCUCUUUUAUAUCCAUUCCCUUUACACAGAGAGAGAGAGAGAGAGGGAGGGAGAAGAAAUUUAAUGAAAAACCAAAUGAAACUCUAGAUCUCUCUCCCUCUUGCAAAAACCCCAAAUCUCUCUCUGUGAUUCUAUACAAUUCCUGACGAUCUCCCAUACACUAGAUUCCAGCUCCCUCCUGCCUUUUCCUCCAUCCGAGAAACCCUAGAUCCGUGCAUUUUAUCCGUUCAGGACCUCCCGAAUCGUUCCGAGUCGCCAUGGCAGCUCGCUCCAUUGUUUCUCUCUUACUGACUUUCAUCCUCAUCGGAAAUGCUCGUUCUCUCACCUUCUCUUCUAAACUCAUCCACCGAUUGUCCGACGAAGCAAAAGCCAUAAGGGUUUCUAGGAAUGGAGGGAUUUUGGCCGGUUCUUGGCCGAUGCGCAGGAGCAUGGAAUACUACCAGAUUCUCGUUCGCAGCGAUUUGGAAAGGACGAAGUUGAAGCUCAACCCCAAGUAUCAGUCUCUCUUUCCUUCGGAGGGGAGUGAGACGGUCUCGUUCGGAAACGACUUCGGAUGGUUACAUUACACGUGGGUUGAUAUUGGAACCCCUAAUGUUUCGUUUCUGGUUGCAUUGGAUGCUGGAAGUGAUUUAUUUUGGGUUCCAUGUGAUUGCAUACAAUGUGCUCCCGUGUCUGCCAGUUACUAUCGUCUGGAUAGAGAUCUAAGCGUGUAUAGUCCAUCUGGAUCCAGCACCAGCAAACACCUAUCUUGCAGCCACGAGCUUUGUUCUUUGGGACCUAAGUGCAAAAGCCCAAAGCAGCCCUGUCCGUACAAUGUUGAUUACUACUCAGAAAAUACAUCAAGUUCUGGAUUGUUGGUUGAGGACACAUUAUAUUUGGCUUCCAGCGGUGACCAUGCAUCUACAAGCACAGCGAAGACUCCAGUAAUUAUAGGCUGUGGUAUGACACAAAGUGGUGGGUAUUUGGACGGUAUUGCUCCUGAUGGUCUUCUUGGUCUGGGAUUUGGGGAUGUCUCAGUUCCAAGUUUCCUUGCAAAAGCUGGAUUAGUGAGGAAUUCUUUCUCAUUGUGUUUUGAUGAUGAUGAUGGUGAUUCUGGGAGGAUUUUCUUUGGGGACCAAGGAUCAUCUGCUCAACAAUCGACUCCAUUCUUGGAAUGGGAAGGGAAAUACCUUCAUUACAUCAUUGGAGUAGAUGGCUUUUGCAUCGGGCCUGCAUGCCUGAAACAAACUGGCUUCCAGGCAAUGGUUGAUAGUGGGUCAUCGUUCACGUUUCUUCCUGAUGAUGUGUAUGAUACAGUUGCUGUGGAGUUUGACAGACAAAUGAACACUUCAAGGUUCCGCUAUGAAGGAUCUCCAUGGGAGUAUUGUUAUAAGGCCAGUUCACUGGAUCUGCCCAAGAUUCCUACUGUCACUCUAAGGUUUUCAGGGAACAACAGCUUUGAGGUUCAUAAUCCCAUUUUUCCGUAUUAUGGAAAAGAGGGAGAGUUGGCCGGGUUUUGUUUAGCUCUACAGUCAGCAGGAGAAGAUGCACUUGGGACAAUUGGACAGAAUUUGAUGAUGGGAUACCGCAUAGUGUUUGAUCGGGAGAAAUUGAAGCUGGGAUGGUCACGUUCUAAGUGUCGAGAUCUUGAUGACGGUACCAGAGUAUCUUUAACUCCGCCCCCACAUGAUAGGCCAGAAAAUCCACUACCAACGAAUGAGCAGCAGAGCAACCCUGGGGGCCGUGCGGUAUCUCCGGCUGUUGCUGGGAGGACUCCCCACAAUCCCUCGGCUGCCACACCCCUGGUUUUGUCCUGGCAGACCCCUUUUUUGAGGUUACUACUACUGUUUCUUGCAAUUCUCAUCUUGUCUAAUUAAGAUGUAAUAGUGUUUUUUCCCCCUCUUUAAUCUAAUAGAUCUUUAUAUUAGCCAUCAUGAAAAAAUGCAGUCUCUAGCAGGGGCCUUCUUUUUAUCCAAUGUUUUUUUCAGGUCAUUGGAUUGAUCGAAGCUGUUGUUGGUAGGUAGAA